UUAGCUGCCUCUCCAAUUUUCUGUCUAGAUACAUAACUCGCACACUCCAACGUGAGUACUUGUGUACUUUCCUAGGUUGUUCUUGGUUGCAUACCAUGGAGAUGAUCAACUCAGGAAACCAGGAGAAGACGUCGACAGGCCCUGCCGGAUCAUGGGGUUUUGUCAAGUCCCUGCCUGGAAAGUUGAAGAGUUGUGCGGUUGAGACUGUCAAGAAAACUAAGAAAAUUGGAGAGGAUGAUCCGAGGAGAAUCGUGCACUCCAUGAAAGUCGGAUUGGCUCUUACGUUAGUGUCUUUGUUCUACUACUUCAGGCCUUUGUACGAUGGAUUCGGACAGGCAGGAAUGUGGGCUGUUUUAACAGUUGUCGUCGUCUUUGAAUUCACAGUUGGUGGAACCCUAUCGAAAAGCAUAAACAGAGGUUGUGCGACGUUACUGGCUGGUGCUUUAGGUGUCGGAGCCGAGUACUUGGCAAGUCUCUGUGGAGAGAAAGGAGAGCCUGUUGUUCUUGGUCUCAUGGUCUUUUUUCUAGCGGCGGCGUCAACGUUUACACGAUUUUUCCCUAACGUGAAGAGGAAGUACGACUAUGGAGUGCUGAUAUUCAUACUCACUUUCAGCCUGGUGGCCGUAUCGGGUUUUCGGGUCACUCAAAUCCUGCAACUGGCUCAUCAAAGGCUUUCCACUAUUCUUAUAGGCGGGGCGACCUGUAUGUUGAUAUCCAUAUUCGUUUGCCCGGUUUGGGCGGGCCAAGAUUUGCAUAAUUUAGUUGCUGCAAAUAUAGAGAAGCUUGCUUCCUUCUUGGAAGGUUUUGGCCAUGAAUUCUAUGGUCCUUCAGCUGUGGAUGGAAGUGGUGCAAUUUCCUCCAAGAAUGAGUGCAAGCCGUCAUUUCUGGAAGCCUAUAAAAGUGUGCUCAAUUCGAAAGCGACUGAGGAAUCUUUGGCAAAUUUUGCAUGGUGGGAACCUGGUCAUGGUCGUUUUAGGUUCCAUCACCCCUGGAAACAGUACUUGAAGGUCGGGGCUAUGGCAAGGGAAUGCGCAUGUCUCAUUGAAACACUUAACCGAUACGUAAACUCAAAACAUCAGGUAGCAUCCGAGUUCCAAAUAAAAAUCCAAGAAGCGUGCAUCAAAAUGAGCACGGAAUCAAGCAAGGCUUUGAAAGAAGUGGCGUCCGCAAUAAAGAGCAUGACGUUUCCGUCAUCAGGAGUUGAAACACAUACGCAAAACUACAAAGCCGCAGCCGACGACCUAAAGACCAUACUCGAAACCUGCUCACUGCCCACGGAAGCAGAUCUCCAAGAAAUCAUGCCCGCCCUCGUAGUCGCAUCGGUACUUCUCGACAUCAUUAAGUGCAUCGACAAGAUCUCGCUGUCGGUUCAUGAACUUUCACGAAUGGCCGGUUUCAAGAAACCCAAGUCAACAGCUACGGCACUGCCCGAGAAACAACAGCAGACGACUUUGCUUCAUCGAGGAAUAGUGAAGCCCGUCAACGAUAUCACCGAUGAUGACGAUCAUGUAGUGAUCGAGGUUCAUGGCACGACGUCGCAGGACUCGCCGGAGAUGAAGAAUGUUCAUCCGCCGCAAGGACUCGGAGAGAAGAAGUAAUCAGAUUGUCGUCGAUGUAUAUUAUUAAUGUCUUCAUAUAAAUUAGGAAUAAUGUCACCGUACUUAUAUCUAAGACUACGUACGUACGUAUAUGUUAUGAUAAUAUGGGUCGAUGACGAAUUCGUAACGGUGAUAUGUAACAGACAUAAUUAUGUGUAGUGUAGAAGAGAUGUAAUAGUGCUAAAAUAAUAAUAUACAUAUAUAUGUAUGUAUGUAUACAUGAUAUAUAGUCUAGAAGAGUGGAGGCGGCAUGCGGAUGGGAAGUGGUGAGAUUAUGUAAGCUUAAGCUUUCGGCGAUCUUUCUGGAAAAUGUUAUAUAUAUAAUGGUGUUUGUUCUUU